AUGCGUUCCAACAUCGUGAUUCUUUCUGCCUUGCCAUUGCUGGCUUCGGCUGCAUCGACGUCUGGCAGUUGGGGCGGAGGCGUGAAUUACUCGAAGAUCUUUGGUGGCGGACUGUCUACGAAUGCGAGCAUCCACUAUCCAGGCCAGUCUGACUAUAAUACCACCACAGUCCAGCGCUGGUCGACUUGGGCAGAGCCGAUUUUCGCGGUGACCAUCAAGCCUGCCACCGACGAAGACGUGCAGUACAUCAACUGCCAACAAAUGAACCUGACCUUCCUUGCUACUAGUGGUGGUCAUGGCGGCGAAACGGGCUUUGUUACUGUGAAGCACGCCGUCAACAUUGACCUGUCAAACUUCAAAGAGAACGUCCUUGACCUGGAGGCUAAUGCACUGACCGUCGGCCCUGGAAACUCCUUUUCUGCCUUUGAGACCAACCCAUAUAACGCGGGAAAGAUGCUGUCGGCAAUGUGGAUUGGCGCCACCAUCGGCGCAGGCAUAGGCCCUUAUCAGGGUCUCCACGGCCUGGUCAUUGAUGCCCUGCGCUCCGUCCGCCUAGUCACUGCGAGUGGUGAUAUUGUCACGGCGUCCGACGAGGAGAAUCCCGACCUCUUUUGGGCGGUGCGAGGCGCCGGUGCCAACUUUGGUAUUAUCACCUCAGCAACCCAGACAGCCGGAACGGUGCGUGUAUCUAUCUUGAAGCGAACAACUUCAUAUUCUGACACAACUCUCGGAACUACAGACCUCUUCAUCUGCCUCCUUGACCUCUUCAGGACCCAAGAAGCCGCGCAGCCAUGGAUCAAUCAACUGCUUGCUUUAAACCACACGCAGUGGCGCAACGCCACCCUUCCGUGGAGCGAGGUCAGCCAAAACUCCGGCUUUGGCACAGGCGCCAGCGUUUGUGCCACCGGAAAGUAUAACAACAAUCCCUCUGUCGGCGCCAAGCAGACCUCUGCUUCCGCCUACAUCGAGUGUUCAACCAAGAGCAAGCGGGGUGUCAUUUCUGGACGUGACUUCAGCUCCCUUAUGUUCAGCAAGAAGCUGCGUAGUCAGCUAGUCGCCACUAGUGGAUUUGACAGUUUGCAAACCUACAUCAACUACGCGCACGGUGAUGAAGGCCCGGAGGUGUGGUAUGGCAAGGAUAACCUUCCGAAGCUGGUACAGUUGAAGAGACAGUGGGAUCCAGAGGGCAAGUUUGGGCCGGGCAACCCCAUCCCCCUGGCUUAG